AUCUCUGGUAGAAGAGGAAGACCAACACAUGAAAUUAUCCCUUGGAAGCAGCGAAAUGGGCCUCUCAUCCCAUUUGCAGUCUUCCAAGGCAGGAGCUACACGCAUCUUCACCAGCAAUACCCACAGUUCUGUGGUGUUACAGGGCUUUGACCAGCUUCGACUUGAAGGAUUGCUUUGUGAUGUGACCUUGAUGCCAGGUGACACGGAUGAUGCCUUCCCUGUGCACAGAGUCAUGAUGGCAUCUGCUAGUGAUUACUUCAAGGCUAUGUUCACAGGUGGAAUGAAAGAACAAGAUUUAAUGUGCAUUAAGCUUCAUGGCGUGAGCAAAGUUGGUCUAAAGAAAAUUAUUGAUUUCAUUUAUACUGCAAAGCUUUCUCUUAAUAUGGACAACCUUCAAGACACACUGGAAGCGGCCAGCUUUCUACAGAUUCUGCCCGUUUUGGACUUCUGUAAAGUAUUUCUCAUAUCUGGGGUCACUUUAGACAAUUGUGUCGAAGUUGGGCGGAUUGCCAACACCUACAAUCUGACAGAAGUGGAUAAAUACGUUAAUAAUUUUGUCCUGAAGAAUUUUCCUGCAUUGCUGAGCACCGGGGAGUUCUUGAAACUCCCUUUCGAGCGUCUUGCCUUUGUGCUGUCCAGUAACAGCCUUAAGCAUUGUACUGAACUUGAGCUCUUUAAGGCUACCUGUCGCUGGCUACGGCUGGAAGAGCCUCGAAUGGACUUUGCUGCAAAAUUAAUGAAGAACAUACGAUUCCCACUGAUGACACCACAGGAACUCAUUAAUUAUGUGCAAACCGUGGACUUCAUGAGAACUGACAAUACUUGUGUGAAUCUGCUUUUGGAAGCCAGCAAUUACCAAAUGAUGCCAUAUAUGCAGCCAGUGAUGCAGUCAGACAGGACUGCCAUUCGGUCUGACACCACUCAUUUGGUUACGCUAGGAGGAGUGCUGAGGCAGCAGCUGGUUGUCAGCAAAGAAUUGCGCAUGUAUGAUGAAAAGACCCACGAGUGGAAAUCAUUAGCCCCUAUGGAUGCCCCAAGGUACCAGCAUGGCAUUGCUGUCAUUGGAAAUUUUCUCUAUGUCGUUGGUGGACAGAGUAAUUACGACACAAAAGGAAAAACAGCAGUUGAUACAGUCUUCAGAUUUGAUCCUCGAUAUAAUAAAUGGAUGCAAGUUGCAUCUUUAAAUGAAAAGCGCACCUUCUUCCACCUAAGUGCCCUCAAAGGAUAUCUGUAUGCAGUUGGUGGGCGAAAUGCAGCUGGUGAACUCCCUACAGUGGAAUGCUAUAAUCCAAGAACGAAUGAAUGGACCUAUGUUGCCAAAAUGAGUGAGCCGCACUAUGGACAUGCUGGAACUGUGUAUGGAGGAGUAAUGUAUAUUUCAGGAGGAAUUACUCAUGACACUUUCCAAAAGGAGCUUAUGUGCUUUGACCCUGAUACUGACAAAUGGAUCCAAAAGGCACCAAUGACCACCGUCCGAGGCCUACAUUGCAUGUGUACAGUGGGAGAAAGGCUCUAUGUCAUUGGUGGCAAUCACUUCAGAGGAACAAGUGAUUAUGAUGACGUCUUAAGCUGUGAAUACUAUUCCCCUAUCCUUGACCAGUGGACCCCAAUUGCUGCCAUGUUAAGAGGGCAGAGUGAUGUUGGGGUCGCUGUCUUUGAAAAUAAGAUCUAUGUGGUUGGUGGGUAUUCUUGGAAUAAUCGUUGUAUGGUAGAGAUUGUGCAGAAAUAUGAUCCAGAUAAAGAUGAAUGGCAUAAGGUAUUUGAUCUCCCAGAGUCCCUUGGUGGCAUCCGAGCUUGCACACUCACAGUUUUUCCACCUGAAGAAACCACACCUUCACCUUCUAGAGAGUCCCCUCUUUCUGCACCUUAAGAUUAUCCCCGAAACUAAGAUGCUAUAGUCCUAUCUUUGCAAUGUGUCACGGAUUCUCUUCUUUUUUUCCCCCCUUUAGUAGUAUAUGUUAGGAUUAGCCUCCAGUAAUUGAUACAGAUAUCGGGAAAAAAGAUGAUGUUAUUUGUGCUGUUUGUUUGGCUUAGAAUGUUUAUAAAGUGGUAACACACACAUUCUGGAUUGUAUCUCAUAGAAGCUGAUGUUUAACAUAUGAAAAAAAAACCCAAAGUGUUGUCUAUAAAAUGUUCAUUCAGUACUUUUUUUGAUGCUGUGUACUGAGUGUAAGAUAUUUGUCAUCUUACGUUAGAAAGCCCAAUAAGUCAAGUCGGAGGUGAAUUAUAGUAAAUGUACAACUGUGCUCACUAGGCUUCAAAGUAAAAAGUUUUCCUUUCAUCUUUGACUGUAAGAUGUCAAAGGGAGGCAGCCUGCUCCAAUAGGAAACAAUACACGAAAGGUUGCCACCUCGCAUGAGCUACCUCCCUCUUUUCAUAAAGUAUUUUUGACGUAUCUGUCAACCCGCCUGACUGUGUGGGUGCAUUGAGAACAUAUAAAGUUUCUUAAACACACAGGAGAAAUAAUAAAUAAAAUUCACCAAUAUUAAUUAAAAAACCCAGCAUGACCUCUCUACCUAUAGGCAAGGGUUUGGGGCUUUUAAACUGUGUAUAAAUUCAUACACACACACAUACAGAUAUCAAAUAAUGAAAUACACAAUUUUUUAAAUUGAAUGACACUUCAAAUAAAUGUGAAGUUUUUAAAAAAAAUUUCUUCCAAAAAGCAGCUUCCAUUAAAAUGGGAAUUCAGUAUGAACAUAUAAUGGUACAACCAUACUGAAUUUAGGUGGAUAAGGGCUAGAAAUUUUGAGCAACUCAAUUUGUCAAGUGACCAAAUUUUACCUUCAAAAACUGUAUUCUACUCCUUCUCCUUUGCUGUUGAGGUAACUUACAUAUUAUAUGUAUUCUGUAUACCCUCAGUUCAUGAGGUUAUUUAGCACAAAGUGCAGCAGCUUCACCUGGAGAGCUGCUUUUGCUCAGUGAGUUCAACUUCCAUGUUUUAUCUUUUUUUGGUAAAUAAAAAUCAUUUAAUGUCA